GGCUGCGCUGUCGCGAGGACGGACGAGGUGUAUUAUCGUACUCGUUGUUACUCCGGUCUCGCGAGGAUUUCGGUGACAGUUACGCUUUAUUCCGCCGAAUACGUGAGCAAGUCGAAUACGUCGUCGUUCGAUUAGAAGGAGGAAGUGAGAAAGAAAGAGAGAGAGAGACAGAGAGGAGCAGAUUUCUAUCUCGUUGACGCACAUCGCAAGAUGUUCUCCGGCCUGACGAAUCAGGUGUCCACCUGGAUAGGCAAGAAGCCCGAGAACGGCAGCGGAGAGCCGACACCCGAUAUGCCCAAACCCACCUCGCCGGAGGUCGAGACCAGCGCGGAUCUCGAGAAAAAGAACAAUACCAGUCCGAAAGGCAAUAAAUUGGAGAUGUUUGCCGGAGUAAAGAAUCAAAUGUCCGGCUGGUUGAGUGGCGGUAUACCCGGAUUAAGCCGCGGCGCCGGGGCUGCAGAAGGUGAGGCUCCACCGCCAACCGAAACAGAAGAGAGUCAGCCCGAAGAGAGUCAGGCUCCCGUCAGCGAGCAAGUCAAGGAUGACGACGCAAGCAGUGCGACCGGUGGAGCGGACAGCGGUCCCGCGAGUUUAGAGGGCACCCCAACUGACGACAAAAAUGGACAACAAGCUUUUGGCGCCGUUUCCACGAAGGCACUGGCUGGUGCGAAGAGCCUCGGUGGGUUUUUGUACAGCGCCGUGAACAAGGCCGGGAAGACCGUGGUGGAAGCCAGCGCGAAAAUCAAGAAGACCGUCGAAGAGAACAGGCUGAUUGCUGAACUCAAUAAGGAACAGGAGGCUUUCAUCGCCAGCAAGCAAACAGGCGAGAAGGGUGAGGCUGUUGCACCAUGGGUUGGUGCGCCAAAUGAGGACGCGCUGCGUGAGGAGUGCCUGUCCCUCUCGACUGAUCGACGUAAUUUCGUGAGAGCACCACCACCAGGCGUAGAAUUCGCUUGGGAUUUCGAAGCUGUUCAGCCAAUGGCACAGGCCACCCUUGCCCUGGAUCCGAAUCUUGAAGCUAUGAGGUUCGAGCUUGUCCCGAAAGUUAUAUCCGAGGAGAACUUCUGGCGCAACUACUUCUAUCGGGUGUCCUUGCUGCGUCAGGGUUACGAAUUGAACGCGAUGGCCAGCCAACAGCAAGCAGAAAGCAACCCCAAUCAAACGCUCGCCAGCACCGAUAGCAUCGAUCAUACUCAAGCCUAAAAGAAGAGGAGAGUGCCCCCCAAAUGCCAUUAUCCAAAGCACACCCCUCAGAGAUAUACAUGCUUCCCACUCUCGAAAACUGACAAUUUCAGUUCUUCAGCGAUACCGAAACUUCUUUUCGCAUCUCUUUCUCUCUCUCUCUCUCUCUCUCCCAUUCCUAUUUCCGUCUCUUUUCUUUCCUUCUUUCUCUAUUUUCUUCCGCCUUUAUUCCCCCGUUUCUGUUACGUUCGAUCGCGAAGCCACCUCCCUCCUUGACACGAACGUUUCCACGGGAUGAACAGCGUGUUCCUUCUUCGCGGAUAUUCCGUUUCCGAUCGUCGGCAGCCCACGCGAUUCCGUGCCAGUCGCAAGGAUCAGCCCUGUUAAAUGCGACGUCGAGCACGAAUCGACGAAGAAGUUUGUGUGGAAAGUGCGAGACGCCUCCUCUAUGAUUCCGGAACGAAAUGAACGCGCGUAAGAAGCAGCGAAGUCCGAUUUCAAAGCACUACGCGAUCAGAUCCGUCGUUGAAAACAUAAAUUUAAUUAGUGUAGUAGACAAAUUUUCACGUGAAGUAGCGUUUCAGGCUCUGCGUUGUUAGCGACUGUAGUGACCUUAGAGAAUACUCGAUUUAUAUAAAGAUCUCUCGAAUUUUACUUUCACGUAGAAGAGGGCUGGAAAUGUCUUGGAACGGACACUGAGGGCAUUUUUAUAUUUCCAAUUAAGGGUAUAUAUACCUUUUAACGACCGCUCGAAGAGACAAGCUGUGGCCGGGACAAGCGCAAUAUAUACUUUGGCGCGAUCCUUUUUAAGAGUGCAAGUGUCACGAUGCAUUGGGGAACGCUUAGUUUCCGGCACUCCGGCACUCCGGCGAGACAAGUUUGCAAUCAGCGCACGUUCGCCGUAACGCGUAUCGCAGCAAAGGGAUUAGGUAAACCAAGAGAAACAUACGUGUACAGCCGUACGUAAUCCUGCGUGAUUAUGACGUGGAUGUCGUUAACGUUAUUAUUACUGUCACACUGCGAGGUCGUUGCACCGAUUGUCAUUAAACGUUAAUACCCUGAAUCAGUAAUGAGCCCAGAAACGAGACAGUUCACGUUGCAAUCAACCGGAUGGUGAUAACGAAUUGAGAAUCGACGUGGGAAGCGAAACGCUGGCGAAACAGCGUCGGGGACAGGCGAAAAUUCGACGGAGAAAAAAAGGAUAUUAUUUUAAACGCAAGCGAUACUCGCAAUUUUACUUUGGAAAAUGUUAAAAGUGAUAUUUUUGUUUAUUUCGAAUAUUUCACAUCGAGUAGAUGUGAUUUGAAAUUUUUCCCCAGUCGAAGACACGCUGAGCUCGUCGAAUCGCGAGAAUCGAAUCAUGAAAAUGCAGAAAGGUGGAAAAGAG